AUGUCCACUGACACUAUACCAGGCAGCAAGGCAUCUUCUCCAAACGAACAGAGGAACGCAACAGACUUUCAGUUCCUCAAUUUCUCACAUCCAUCGGAUGCAAAGGAUUCACGAGCCCGGAAGACCGUUCGGAGUCACGUCACGAAGCAACAGCACCAGCGUGAGCAUGCCGCUGCUGCUGCCCGGCGCACCCAAAGCUUCCCGCAACCCGAGGACCGCGUGGAAACGGACGACAUUCCAGCGCCUCGACCCCAUGCUGCAACAUACCCAUCCAAUCGUCCGGCGAUGGACGACCCGGACAUGGACAUGCCCUUACCGUUAAGCCGCAUCACAGGCAGUCCCGAAGAGUCGUCCCAGUCGCCAUCUCCAAUCUCUUCUCCUUCAGAACAGCGAAUCGACCCUUCGACCAUCUAUCCGGCUGCUUGGCGGUCGUCCUUGAACACCGUCACAGAGUACUAUCUGAACUUCAUGGCCGCCGACAUGCCAGAUAUGGAGAGGCCAGACAGAAGAGGAUUGCUUCGAUCACGCUUCUUGCCCCUCUGUCUAACCGACCCUGCGCCUUUGCACGCUUUCGUGCUCAUGGCGGCAUCGCAUUACGGCAACGCCAACGGCCCUCAAUCACACAACAUCGACAUACAACAUCUCCGAAGCAUGGCAAUGUCCGAGGUCAAUGGCGCUCUGCAGCACCGUUCACGCAGUCUCAGCGACCAGAUGAUCGCGGCGGUCACCAUGCUGGCCUCCUACGAAGCACUCUCCGGCAACCACGAUAUCUUCCGCACGCACAUGACGGGGCUGAGACAAAUGGUGGGCAUGCGCGGCGGUCUGCCGGCAUUGGGAGUCGACGGUAUUCUGGAACGCGCUUUGUUGUGGGUCGAUGCCAACGCUGCUCACAUCACCGGCUCGCGCAUCUACUUUGACAACAACACUUUUCCUUCAAGCGUGGAGCAUCCCAGACCUCAUCCGCGUCGAUUUUCUGGCGGCUCACCACGGAGACAGUCGCCCUGA